CCAAACUCGAUUAGAUAGCAAUGGACGUGAAUAUUCCAGAGAGGUUGGGCGAGCUUCAAGAACUCUCAUCCAACACACAUGUUGGGAAUAUCCAAACGCCUCUAAAGCUGGGACCCAUUAGACGAAAACAAUGGCUCAAAAAUGUGUUCACCAGGGCUGUGGGCUGAUGUACACUGAGCCAGCGGCGAGUUGCACAUAUCACGCCGGACCGCCUGUAUUCCAUGAGGGGCAGAAAGGCUGGAAGUGCUGCAAGCCCCGCGUUCUCACCUUCGACGAAUUCAUGACAAUCCCACCCUGCACAACUGGCACGCACAGCACCACCGAUCUCCCACCUGCGAUUGAGAAGAAAAAAGCCCCCGAAGAGGCACCACAACCGUCCCUCGAUGUGGACAAGGGCCCUACGCGGAAGCCUGUCGUUACCCCGCAAAAUGCACCUACCCCACCACCACCAGAGCCGCCGUCCGAGUCCGACAACCAGAGCCUUGAGAUCUCCGAAGGCAAGACCUGCCGCCGAAAGGCUUGCGGCGCCACAUAUAAAAAGGGACAGAGCAGAGAGGGCGAGAAGUGCACUCACCACCCUGGGGCGCCCAUCUUCCAUGAGGGUAGCAAGGGUUAUAGCUGCUGUAAGCGACGCGUUCUGGAGUUUGACGAGUUCAUGAGAAUUGAGGGGUGCAAGAAGAAAGAUAGACAUCUGUUUAUUGGCAGUGGGAAGAAGGAUAAGAAGGACGAACUCAGUGGAGGAGAGGAGAAGGUUGAGACUGUGAGGCAUGAUUACUACCAAACAGGAGCCACCGUUAUCGCGAGCUUGUUCCUAAAGAAGAUCGUGAAGGAGGAGUCGACUGUCAAAUUCACACCCCAGGCUGUAGAACUGAACCUCAAAACCUCAGAUGCUCUGCCAAAAAGGUACGCGAAGACCCUGGAGCUUUUUGGGCCCAUUGAUCCAGAGGCGAGCAGCUUCAAGAUCAUGGGCACCAAGCUAGAACUUACGCUGGUGAAGGGCGAUGGGCAGGCGUGGCCUGUGCUUAGGGCUGACGAGAAGAGGACAGGAGAGAUUUUUCAGGUUGGACGGGCAGGUAUGGCGUAGUUCCAACCUGAUAUACAAACGAAUAGAACGAUAGGAGGAUUA